GGAGGUGUGGAAAAUACCAGAGGGUGAGUGAUUAGUAAGUGGUGGUGGUUGCAACCAUUGUUUCCAGAGCCGUUGUUUGAAUCAUAUCUGUCUUACUUAAUGAACUGAUGAAGGCAUCAUGCACACUGGUUCGACUUGCAACUGGCUCAAAAAACCCUUGCACACUAACGGGCACUUUACCAGUGGUAACGUCAUCCACUGGCCGACUCCCAAAUCCUACCCACCUCUCUUGAAAAAUAUGACGAAGAAAUCAGAGGCGGCGGACCGAUGGUCGUUUCUGCCUUCAACUCAGGAGGCGGGAAAGAUCCAUAGGAGGUCACAACAUGUGUGUACUCUAAAUGCAACGUUUUUACGAUAA